GAGCGAACUCAGUGCGGUUUUCGUCGCGUUCCUCGCAGAGUGAAAUACCGAAGAUACGCUCGAAAAGCAUCAAUAAGUCGUAUUAAUAAUUCAAAUAUAAAUAUUACAUGUAAAUUAGAGUAAUCUAUUAUCUGCGUGCAUCUGUGUGAUUCAGAGACAACAUUUUGCAAGUGCUUUCUCUCAUACUUCGAUUUGCUUAAUUGGAUUAAAACCUAUUAUUUUGAGUGAAAAAUCUUUUUUUUCUUGCGGAGAUGAUUCAAUGGGAAUGGAUUUAGGUGGAAUGGGUUUCAAUUGAAGCUACGCGAAAGGAGAAUGGAUUUGCAUUCGCCAGCGAAGGGACGAUCCUGGAAGUGUUUGAUUGUGUUCGUGCUCCUCGUCUUUCCCACGAGUACAUUCGUCCUCGGACAUACCACAAACGAUGGCGAUGGUAUAGGAAGAGUACGAAGGAGCUAUGAGACCAAGCAUCGGGGUAAGGAUGUGAAUGUAAAACGUGGUCCAGGUGGCGGCAAAUUGGGUGGAGGAGGCAGGGAUGGGGCUGGUGUUAGCGUCUUCGCCACCGAAAACUGCACCGUUGUCAUGGCUCAGCUUGGAGGUACUGCGAUAUUGCCUUGUGUCGUGAGGAAGUUCAACACCGGCGUGGUGUCGUGGAUCAGGAAACGUGACUAUCACCUGCUGACCGUUGGUUUGACAACGUACAACACGGAUGACAGAUUUAUGGUGGAGCACGUCAGGCAUUUACAAAAUUGGGGUCUACUGAUUAAGCACGUUCAGUUCUCCGAUGCUGGGAUCUACGAAUGCCAAGUAUCCAUUCAUCCGGCUACCAGCAUCAUCGUCGAACUCAAAGUCACAGAGGCAUCGGCCGAAGUACUUGGCGCACCCGAUUUGCACGUUCGUUCCGGUUCAUCCUUGCGUUUGGUCUGCACCAUGAGGCAAUCCACGGAACCCCCAUCUUACGUCUUCUGGUAUCACGAGCAAAGAAUGAUUAACUACGACCCGGGAGUCCAUGUAAUUGCGGAUAGAUCUUCUAGCAUCCUACUGCUACCAGACGCCGAUAAAAGUCACAACGGAAAUUACACUUGCUGCCCUUCGAACGCGAUUCCGGCCUCGAUCAAUGUCCACGUUUUGAAUGCAACGGCUGAGGAGAAACCUGCGGCCAUGCAACACGCGAAUACCGGCUCCAAGUCGAUGUACUGCAGCAGUCCUCGUGGAAACGCGUUCAUGGUCCUACUACUUCUCGCUCUCUUUUUAACAUAAUUUGGCAAUUGAAGAUCAACGAUUGCGAGAUUUAACACUUAUAUAAAUGUGAUUUUAUUUUUUCAAAACUAAGAAAAAAAAACAAGACUAAGGUCAUAUGGAUCGAUGUAUUAUAUAUGUAUAUAUAUAGAAUUGUAAAGAUGAGGAAGGAAUUAAUGUUAAUUGCCAAAGAUUCACAGGGCCUCGGCAAUCGGAGAGGAAAUUGUCAUUCCAGAUUCCCCCCGUUUUAUUAUAUAUUAUUGUAUAUUGAUUGUAAUGGGACUUGAUUUCUCAUCUGUC